AUGGGUACGCGUUUGAUAAGUGGUCAAUUUUGUUUCUUCAUGUCAAAGGUGAUGGGUACACGUAUUAUAACGGCAGUGAUUGGUGCUGGUGUGCUGACAUUGCCAUGGGUGAUGGCUCAAAUGGGAUGGAUCCUUGGUAUAUCAUAUAUAAUAAUCGUAGGUACUGUCACACUCUACACAUCCAAUCUUCUAGCAGAUUGUUACAGAACACCAGACCCUGUCACUGGCAAGAGGAAUACUUACAUGGAAGCUGUUAAAACCAUCUUAGGUGGUAAAAUGCAUUUGAUAUGCGGAAUUGUCCAAUAUGCUUUGCUUAGUGGAGCUGCAAUUGGAUACACAAUUACAACAUCUGUAGGCGUGGUGGAAUUGAAGCUCCAUGCCAAUUUUCUAAUAAUCCCUAUGAUUGGUCUGGGAAUUAUUGAAAUCUUUUUGUCUCAAAUCCCCAAUUUUCACAAGUUAUCAUGGCUCUCAAUUGUAGCAGCAACAACGUCUUUUGGCUAUGCAUUUAUUGGUAUUCGACUUUCUCCUCCUACAGAAAUCCAAGAGCUCAUUGCAUUGGGAAACACUGCACUUGCUAGCAGCUAUGCUCAAAUUGCUAUAGAUAUUCAGGUAUGA